AUGGGAGGAUUUGCAAGCAAGAAUAUGGAAUAUUACAACUACGCGAGUAUGAAGCUGUUAGACAGGGACAAAUACACAAAUGAAGAGGAAGAAGAAGACGGCCACUACUGUCAGGAUAUGGACAUCCGAGAAACAAUUCAAAAGGCGAGAGAAAUAAAAAAUUGUAACUAUAAGGAGUCGAUGGAUUUAUAUAUAAAAGCGUUGAAGAUGCUAAAAAAGUUAAAAGAUAAUAACUCUAAGAUAUAUAAAAAUGUCCUCGAAUUUGAAAUAAGACCACAAGAAAUAGCUAGCAGUGUAUCGUUAAACCCUAGUGUAAAAGAUAAUAUGCACAUGAAAAAAGAGGGUAAUAUAAAUUACACGUGUUCUGCACCAAAUGAUAAGCAAGCCAUAUCGAUAAAUAAUAAAAUUGCAUCUUUGUAUAACGAAAUUGCAGACCUUUGUUGCAUUCACGAUUUUAUAGAAAAGUCCCUCUUUUAUUAUGAUAAGGCUUGUUCAUAUAACCCUUCAAAAAUCGAUUAUAUAUACAAGAAAGGGGUUUUAUUUCAACAAAUGAAUGACACGGAGAGGGCCAUUAACACCUUCAAAAUUAUUUUGUCCUCGGAGCCAAACCACAUUCCGACAUUGUUUUCGUUGGGUAAUUUGUACAGGUAUAUAGAUAACCAUAUUGCCCUUUCUUACUUUGAGGCGAUCCUCAAAAUCGAGCCCAAUAACACCGAAGUUUUAUCUCUCAUUGCUUCCUGCUAUGAUAACUUGGGUAAACUGAAUGAAGCCAUUUCGUAUCAGAAUAAGGCCGUCGAGAUCGACCCCGAUAAUUUCAACCACAAGAAGUUUGCCCAGAAGCUCAUCGAAAUGAAGUCGCAGAAUUGA